AUGAUCUACCUGUCUAAUUCAUACAGAGCAUUCAUUGCUGGUGGCAUCGCAGCCUGCGGAGCUGUCACCGCAACUCAUCCAUUCGAAACGGUUAAGAUCCGCAUGCAAUUACAGGGCGAGCUCCAAGAAAAAGGUCUACAACCGCGCAUGUAUAAAGGGCCCUUCCACGGCGUCUCAGUGAUCAUCCGAAAUGAAGGUGUACGAGGGCUCUACCGCGGAAUCGGCGCAGCAUAUAUCUACCAAAUGACCCUCAAUGGCUGCCGACUAGGAUUCUACGAACCACUACGCCAAUCGAUCACCUCUGCCAUUUUCACUGAUUCGAAAACACAAAGUUUGGGUGUAAAUAUCUUCGCGGGCGCAACGUCAGGGAUCUUGGGGGCUGCGGCGGGGAGUCCGUUCUUUUUGGUGAAGACGAGGUUACAGAGUUUCUCACCAUUUGCACCGAUGGGGACGCAGCAUCCUUAUAAGAAUGCGGUAGAUGGAAUGAGGCAGAUACACAAAGGAGAGGGUAUUAGGGGGCUUUAUAGAGGGGUGGGGGCGGCGUGUGUAAGGACUGGUUUCGGGAGUUCAGUACAGCUACCAACGUACUUUUUUGCGAAAAGGAGACUUGUAAAACAUUUGGGCAUGAAGGAAGGACCUGCGUUGCAUUUGGCAAGUAGUACUGCGAGUGGAUUUGUGGUUUGCUGCGUGAUGCAUCCGCCAGAUACCAUCAUGUCCCGCAUGUACAAUCAAAACGGCAACCUUUAUCAGGGCGUCUUGGACUGUCUCGCAAAGACAGUGAAGACUGAAGGAAUUCUGGCUAUCUACAAGGGAUUCUUGCCACAUCUUGCCAGAAUCUUGCCCCACACCAUCUUAACCCUCAGUUUGGCGGAACAGACCAACAAGCUGAUGCGGAAGUUUGAGAACAAAAUCUUGCCUUCUUCAAUCGAAAACCAAGUGUAG